ACCAGAAUCUGCUGAGAGCAGAACUAGUGAUGACUGAAUGAAGAGCUUUCCUUCUCGCAUUUCCUUUUAAGCGAUUUGGUUUGCCCUUCUCCCCAGCGUUUGCAAACAUGAAGUUCUCCAGCAGUCACUUCACGCUACUGUGCACGAUUUGCUACGUCAGCUGCACGACCACGAAGUACUUCACGUACGAGGAGGACGCGCCUGGGACAGAGAUCGGAAAUCUUUCUCAAGACCUUAAAAUAGACCCGGCAGAGGACCCCGAGACAUCUUUCAAGUUCAUACAGAAGACAAACUCCAUCGUUGACAUGCGGCAAAUCGACGGGCUUCUGACGGUCGGGGAGGUCAUCGACCGAGAGCAGCUUUGUCGCCGAUCUCCACAGUGCCUGAUAACUUUCGACGUCGUGGCUUUUUCAAAGGAGAAGUUCCAGCUCGUUCACGUCGAGAUCGAGGUGAAAGACAUCAACGAUCACUCGCCGCAGUUCACGCGCAACGAAACGCACCUGGAUAUAUCCGAAAACGCAGCGUUGAACUCGCGCUUUCCGCUGGACGUCGCCGUGGACCUCGACGUCGGGGACAAUUACGUUCAAAGCUACCACAUCUCGCACGCAAACCAUUUCGUCGUGGAGGUCAGCACCCGCGAGGAUGGAGAGAAGUCGGCCGAGCUCGUUUUGGUCAAGGCGCUCGAUAGGGAAAGCGAAGAGUUUUACACCGUCGAGGUGACGGCGACCGACGGCGGGACGCCGGCGAAAUCCGGCUCGACGGCCGUCUACAUCCGAGUGCUGGAUUUCAACGACAACAGCCCGACUUUCGAGCACAACUCGCUCAAAGUCGAGCUCAGCGAAGAUUCGCCCAUCGGCUCGCGAGUGCUAAAAGUACACGCCUUCGACCCCGACGCCGGGAUCAACGGAGAAGUCGUGUACGGUUUCGUCGAAGGCUCCCCGAGCGAGGUCACCCGUGUUUUCCAGAUCGAUCUCAUCACGGGAGAAGUGACCCUAAAAGACUCCGUCGAUUACGAGAAAAAAUCGUACGAGUUGCACAUCCAAGCCUCCGAUUUGGGCGCCAAUGCUGUAUCAUCCACCUGUCGCGCUCUUGUCGAGAUCGUCGACGUGAACGAUAACGCGCCGGAGAUUGGCAUCAAACCAAUGACUUCGACCAGCGAUGGCGUCGCGUUCAUCACCGAAUCUGCGGCCGAAGAAAGUUUCGUAGCUCUCAUCAGCACCUCAGACGCGGAUUCGGGUCCCAACGGCUACGUCCGGACGAGUUUAGAAGGACACGAGCAUUUCAAGCUGCAACAAGCCUACAGCGACACUUUUAUGAUCGUGACGACCGCGACUUUAGACAGAGAAGCCAUUCCGGAGUACAACCUAACCGUGAUUUCCGAAGAUUUAGGAACCCCUCCGUUUAAAACCGUCAAACAUUACACCAUCCGCAUCACGGACGAGAACGAUAACGCGCCGAUGUUCAGCAAAGCCGUCUACGACGUCUCGGUGAUCGAGAACAACAUCCCCGCUUACAUGACUACGGUGGUCGCUCGCGAUCUUGACGUCGGGAAAAACGGAAAAGUCUCCUACAGCCUAAUCGACAGCGAAGCGCCGGACGGCUCGCCGGUCUCUACGUUCGUUUCCAUCGACCCUCAUUCCGGCUCUUUGUACACGCUGAGGUCGUUCAAUUUCGAGACCCUGAAAGGAGUGGAGUUCGCCGUCAAGGCCAGCGACAAAGGCUUCCCGCCGCUAUCGAGCACGACGCUGAUCCAAAUCCGCGUGGUGGACGAGAACGACAACUUUCCGUAUUUCACGUAUCCCGUGUUGCGAAACGAUUCCGCCGACGUCCCGAUCCCCUUCAACGCCCGAAGCGGCUAUCUGGCGUUGAGGCUAACGGCUCAAGACGAGGACAGCGGGGCGAACGGCGAGCUGGGUUUUCACAUUCUGGAAGACGACGCCAAGCUCUUUUCCGUCGAUAGAAACAGCGGCGACCUCGUCUUGAAACGAAAACUCACCGCGCAAUGCGGAGACGUCUUGAAGGUUAAAGUUUCGGUCGUCGACAACGGAAGAGAGCCGCUCUCUAGCGCGGCAACCGUGCGGUUUGUGGUGACGGACACAGGUGCGCAAGAGGACCAGGUGGUUAUUUUACUCCGAUCCAAGGAUGAAGAGGCUCUGGAGUUUGACGUGUGGACUGUGGUGAUUAUUGGCUUCGCUGCGUGCUGCGUUCUGUUGCUGGCGGCCAUCAUCAUCCUCACCGUGACUUGCACCGUCAAACGAAGGCGAAGAAACUUUGGGAGAGACGGCCUGUACGGAUCGACCCCGCUUUCCAAGAACAACCCGGCCGGUUCAACCAUUUAUGGAGGCCCUAAUGCCUUCCUCAGAAGCGAAGGCGAUUCAAUGCAACCUCUGUAUGAAGAUAAAAGCCUGGAUUUUGAGGAAAAGCUGUUCCUGCCCUGCAAACCUUUUGAGCAAACCUUUUUAUGGCAAGACGAAAAAUACUGUCUGCAAAGGAGUGGCACCAGCAACACAGAUCAGCUGAGCGUGAAGGACAGCGGUAAAGGAGACAGUGAUUUCAAUGACAGUGACUCGGACAUCAGCGGAGCCGCUCAGAAAAGAGGCCUGACAACCUUCCAGCCGCUGGCCAGAGGAGCUCCCGUUAUCCCGACCCGAGACACGCACAUCCCGCCCGGCAGCUCCUACACCAUCGGGUUCGCUCCGGCUCCGCUUUACAGCACCACCCACGUCACGUCCCAUUCCUGGAGAGAAAGCCUGGGUAAAACCAACACGAUGAACACGCAGCGGCCCGUGCAGACUCUCUCGAGGACAGGAACGCUGCCGUCGUACUCGGCCCAUCAGACCAGGAGAGCCGCGGCGGCCGGCCAAGAGCACGUCCACGCAUUUGUGGCUCCAGAGUCAUCCGAAGUCGCUACCACUUUUUAAAAACAUCGCAUUUCAAGAGUUCAGUCUUGUUCGUCGGAUCUGACCUUUUAGCGUGACGGACUCAAACGGAAGUGUUUUUCCUUCCUUUUCUUAUUUUUUUAAUUCGGGAAAAUAUAUUUAAAAACCGCCCGUGUGACUUAAAUUAACACGAGUGUAUUUUGUAAAUAUUUGUAUAUUUUGUUUCAUAUCUUUUCCGGUGAAAACAAACCCUUUACGUGCUGCCGACUCAACAUGAUGGAGUUAAUUAGCAGUUUCUUUUUAACUAACUCAAUUAGUUUAGGAGGUGAAUUCGGCCACUUAUUUAUAUUUCUGUCUGAAAUGGUUGUGUAAAUAAUUCUUAAACGUGUGCUAAACCUUUCUUUAUGUGUGGAUCCCGACAUCGAGUGUCUCUCAAAAAAGUUUCAAAAUCAUCUAUACACUGAAAAAGAGUUCAUUUUCACUCAAAAAUGCAAAUAAUUGGCACGUAACACUAAAUAAAGCAAACUGAAAUAACAGCGUGUUGCAAAACUGUGUGUUUUUAAAAAGAUGCAUGCUUUUAUUUAUUUUUUUCCGGCUUAAAAACCUGUUGCAAAGCCUGUACAUAUUAACUGUAUAUAAUUUUCUCACCCCGAUGACCCAA